AGCCGGGUCCUCCGUUUAGCGCCAGAUUAGAUUUUCUCCCUCGCCCAGAGUUCUGAAAGCAGGUUGUAAAGCUUGCAGCACAGGCCUUAUGUGGCAUCUUUAAUCAGAUAUAUCUUAUGACUUUUAAAUAACUACAUGCCAAGCUAAUAACUGGAAAAUAAGCAAUACAUUUGAGAGGUUUGACGUGGUUGUGGAUGCCGCCAAAGUUACAUUAGAGCUAACAAAGGACACAAAGCGGUAUCAGUAGGAGACGAGGUAAUCAGAUCAAAUUCAAAGUCAUCAGCCUCUCCAAAAUGGACAGUGAGGAUGAUCUGGACAUUUUGACGGCGCUGCUGGCGGAGAACGAGGGCAUCGGAGAACAACAGGGCGGUCAGGAGGAGCAGGCAGACGACUUGGAGGGCCUGUUUGAUGACGACAAUGACGAAGGGGAGGAGUAUAAAGAUGGCAUCGAGGAGGACGCAGAGAAAGACGACUCGAUGUCGGAACUCUUUGGAGAUGUGGAUGACAUUGAACAUGAAGAGACAGACACUAAAGAGAAAGAAUCUGCAGGAGAAGUGUGUGAGAGCCUGGACAGGUCCAGGGAGGAUUUACAAGACGAACUCAGACGGAUGCAGGAGCAGAUGCGGCGGUUGCAACAGCAGCUGAAUGCAAGCCAGAAGGCUUCUGCCUCAUGUUCCGCUCCAGUUACAGCUGCAGGGAGAUCGGCUGCUCCCAAAACAUUGACCCCCAAACCAACACCUCCACGACAGCCCUCCAAACAGACCCCGGCAAAACCAGACGCUGCCAUUCAGAGGACCAAGACACAAGCAGCAGCAACAUCUUCAUCCACUCCAGUCAGAGAAGGAGGUGUGAAGCUCCAGGAGUCCUCUGACUUUUUUGAUCAGCUCAACAAUGCUGACUCCUUCAAGCGCAAACCCAGGGUAGCUCACCAUGCCAAACCCAGCACAUCCGCAGAAGACAGAGGGCCCCUGGUGGAGAUAAAGCUUGGCAGCUCUUUCCAGCCAGUAGAGAGCACCAGCAAGGUCACCAACUCUCUGAAAUCACCUCCAUCCUCCCAGAGCAGACCUGCACCAGCUGCAUCAGCAGGACAGCCCAAACCUUCCUCUCUUCCUCCUCUUCCUAAAGAUGUGGCUGUUGAGAGAUACUCAGGACUGCGGCUCAGAAAACCACUGGUUUCCUCCAGCGAGAUGGAUCGCAAGAUGGCCGACCGCCGUCUGAUCCGCUUGUCGCAGGUGCCUGAGCGUUUGACUCGGGAGAAGCUGGAGGACAGCGACUGGGUGACCUUUGCGGUGCUGGUCAGCAAGGCCACGCCACAGAGCAACGCAAGUGGCAAAACCUUCAGCAUCUGGAAACUGAACGACCUCCAUAACCUGGAAGUGUUUGUGUCUCUGCUGCUGUUCGGGGAAGUCCACAAAGAGCACUGGAAGACGGAGACGGGCAUGGUCAUCGGCCUCCUCAACCCCAACCCUAUGAAGCAGAAAGACGGAUAUGACGGGGUGAGCCUGACGGUGGAUCACCCACAGAAGGUGCUGCUGAUGGGUGAAGCUCAGGACUACAGCAAUUGCAAGGCCAUGAAGAAGAACGGAGACCCCUGCUCUCAGAUCGUUAACAUGUAUGACUGCCAGUUCUGCCAGUAUCACGUCAAGGCCCAGUAUAAGAAGAUGAGCUCGAAGAGGGCCGAGCUGCAGUCGUCGUAUUCUGGGAAAGCUCCCAACAAGGUGAAGGGGAAGGGCGGCAGCCUGAAAGAGCGCCUGUGUCAGGACAGCUUCCACUACGGCGGCGUGUCCUCAGCCGCCUGCGCUGCCUCACUAACGGCGUCCAAACCGAACAAACCCGCCCAGAAGACUCUGGACAAGCUGUUUGUGAAGGGCUCGUCCCAGCUCAUCGAUCAGGCCAAGAGGCUGGCUGUGCAGUCUGGGGAAGUUUCAGGUUGUUCAAAUGAAUUUAAGAGCCUGCUGUCGAUGCCAACACCUGGAGCUCUGCAGCUGAAGAAGCACCUGAUACAGGGCAGCAAAACAGUUUCUAAAGAUGCAGCUGGAGCUCCCCUUCAGUCCAUCUCAGCCUCAGACCUGCUGAAGCAACAGAAACAGAGGCAGCGAGAACUUCUGCAGAACCGUCUGCAGAGGGCAGGCGACACCCAGAAGAGGGUGCUGCAGAGCUCAGCAGGGCCCAGACCUGCGUCAUCAUCCUCACUGGGCCGGGUCGGUCUGACGUCCCCCAAAGCAGCGUCCGAGGUCCCAAAGAACACCCAGAGCCCUGCGGCCCCACACGCCCCCACCCUGGGCCGAGGUUUCUCCGAAGGGGACGACAUCCUCUUCUUCGAAAACAGUCCUCCGCCUGCACCCGCCCCCAGCGCUCUCAGCCUAUCAGCCACCAAGCUGUUGGCUCUGAAGAAGCUGAGAGCCAAAGGGAAGGGGCUUCAAAAGGAAGACCCCAACGCUGUGAAGAGGAAGAGGAGCAACAGCAGUGAGAUCAACAGCAGGGUGGAGAAGAAUCUCACCUCACCCAAGGGUGAAACAUCCAGUAAUGAGGAAGAGGAACCGGCCCAGAAGAAGAAGCGGGAUCAGCUCCUCUACGUCCAGUCGGAGGAGUUUCAAAAGAUCCUAAACGCCAAAUCCCGACACGGCGCUGCGCUGCAGGCGGCUGAGUACCAGCUGCAGGAGCGCUACUUCAAUGUCCUGGUGCAGAAGGAGCAGAUGGAGGAGAAGAUGAAGGGCAUCAGAGAGAUGAAGUGUCGUGCCGUUUCCUGUAAAAAGUGCGGCUACACCUACUUCAAGCCGGCAGAUCGUUGCGUGGAGGAGAAUCAUGACCUGCGCUGGCACGACGCUGUGAAGCGCUUCUUCAAAUGCCCCUGCGGACAGAGAGCCAUCGCUCUGGACAGGCUGCCCAACAAACACUGCAGUAACUGUGGGCUGUUUAAAUGGGAGCGUGACGGGAUGCUGAAGGAGAAAGCCGGACCAAAGAUCGGCGGAGAGCUCCUCCUGCCUCGAGGAGAGGAGCACGGCAAGUUCCUCAACAGCAAGUGACGGCACCAAGCUGGGUGUCGAGGGAAGUGCUGGAAGUACUGUGUAUUUAGAAUUGUUUUAAUUGUGUAUGAAUUAUGUUUUUAAAGUGUUCGUUUUGUUGAUUAUGGAUAUUUUCUGAUGUCUGUGAUGAUAACUGGAUGUGCUGAUUAAAGUAAUAUUUUGCAACAUUUCA